AUGUGUAACUUUUUGGAAGCCUGGAUGCUGCCAGACGAUAAUUUCUAUCCAAUUUCUAUGGUGAACCUCUUCAUUCCCGACCAAAAACAAACGGUGAUAGUAGUUUCUAGCACAGAACAAGUAUUUUCGGUCGUAGUCAGUGAUUUUGACGAUGCAAUUGGUGGAAAAACUGACCAUUUCCCAUUUGCCAAGUGCGAUCCGGAGACGAACAUCGGUGCAAUAUGCGGUUUAAAAAGUGUAGGGACGAAUGUUGUUGUUGAAACAGCGAAUGGAAAAUUGAUGAUACACGAUUAUGUGGAAAACAAACUAGGCUGCAUUGAAAGCUACUCCGAAAUCAGGCCUACGGAACAGGGACCCGAUAAUCGUCGGCUGUUCGUUGUGAGUCAAAAGGAAGAACGGACCGUUUUGGAAGUCACGGACACAACGAAUGGAUUUUCUGCGUACAGCGUUUCGAAAAGUUACGUGAUCGCUGCCGAAUGCAUUGAUUCUCGAGCUAAAUUUUCCCUUAGAUGCUUCACCGUUAAUGAAACAAAUCAACGAUUUUUGGGCGACUUUCUCGGUUUCUCCAAAUUUACCAACGGCGAGGAAGUGAUAGUGAUUGCAAUUUACAAUCAACUUUUCUGGCUACAGCAACGCAGCGAAGGCGACUGCGAUUUGAUAACUGUGCGGUGUUUCUCUUCGAAUGUGGUCGGAUUUGAAUUUUCCGAAUGUUCCAUCUGCUUGACGGUACUGCUUGAAGCUGGCGUUCUGGUCGUGUUUAAUCAAUCACUACAUCCGGACACAGUGCUUGUCUCAAACUCCUUUGUGUAUCUGCAAGCUCCGAUCGAAGCCCAUGCAUUUGAUAAAGCAAACAACUCGUUCCUCUAUUCCAAUGGGCUAACCACGCACCGUGUACGGUAUCAUUUUUCGGAGGAAACUAAACAGCUUGUAACCGAAACGGAGGAUAUUCCUGUCUGUGGCGUAGUAGCGAUCACGUUGAUAGAAAACAGAGAGAUCGCACUGCUGCUAACGGAAAACCGUCAAUUUUAUACACUUCCAUGUACUGGUAACAACCGGGAUAUUGGCCAAAACUCAUCGAGAAUGGUAACACUUCGCAAAGAAAUGCGAGGCGUAACGAAACGGGUGACGAAAAUACUUACGGAUGAAGUUGAGUACGACAAGCGGCUGGGCCAGGCGAUUCAGUACGAGCAUUCCCAUUUUAACGUUUUAGCCUUGUACCGUAACAAGGACGUAUUUAGCAGGCUUUCACUUUUUGAGUUAUCAUUUCAUCUGGAAAUGCCGGCAACCCAAUCAAACACAGUGUUGAUAAAUGGAAGCAGCAAGGAAGCUCCACUUGCCUUUGCCAGUGUAAAAAUAAAGGUGAAUCUGGGAUUUUUCAAUCUGUUGAUGGAACAAAAACGUUGGACAGUUUGCUUGGAAUACGAUGAAUUUGUUGCGAUGUACCCGGUUCAAGAAACUUUCGACGCACAAGGUAUGUUCCAUGCGACGGUGUUUUUGUGCCAGAGCCAGCUCGCAUCUGGUUUGCCAACGUUUCGGGCGUCCCUGUUUGCGUCAAUACAAAACGGUGGUGGUAAUCUACUGCUUAACAUUCCGGUACCAACGAGUCCCUCCAAGCCGGAGAACGAUGCUGGGCUUUUUAUAAGAAAAAUGGAAACAAAGACAUCUGCACAAGAAACCCCCUCAGACUCGCAGAAACUUGUGCAUCAAAACAAUGCGCAAGCGGUUGAAUGUAUCGAUAGGCGUAUUCUUACUUACUGUAUUCAGAAUGACCAUUCGAAGACGAAAGCAAUAAGCUUUUCAAGCGCUCUCGAAAACAACAAUAUGGACACUUGGUCUGUGAUCGCGAAGCCAGUCAGCGUUGGCUGGCAAAGGGAAAAGGAAGUGCUUUUCCUAAAAACCCACCAUCCGGUGGCCCUUGAUCUGGUGAAACGAUUUUUGCUAUCGUACGAUGAGUACAGCGCUGAAAUGAAGCAAAGGGAGGAGAAAUUAAAGGCAAUGUUUUUGGAGCUACAGGAUGUUACCACCCACGAGGCCAUCGUCGGACUGUUUAAGAGAUCUCGAUGUAGCGACAUAACUGUAGAUUAAAAGAAGCAUUUAUCUUUUCCCAGUAACCACGGUUGAAAUCGAAAUC